UGAUCUAUAAAUCUAAUUCAUUUGGGAACAACAAGGAAACAAGAGUGCUUUCCGACAGAAAGGCUAUCAUGAUUCAGAAAUCCUUCUCUCUGGUGCUGGAGGCUCUGGACUACGACAACGACACGUCAGAAUCAGCAAUGUCAGAGCGCUCCCAGAACCCAGCAUUUAAAGGUCAGUUGAUUGAGCGAGUCCUGCUGUCCUCCAUGUUGAACCCCAGUGAACAGUGGCAGACGUACCGUCACCACGGACAGCCUCUCACUCUAGAUUACCGGCUUCGCUUCCGCUGUGAUUCAAACUAUUACGGACCCUUCUGCAACAAGUUCUGCAGGUCCCGCGAUGACUUCUUUGGACACUUCAACUGUGACCCCAGCGGCAACAAGGUCUGCAUGGAGGGCUGGACAGGACCAGAGUGCAAAGAAGCUGUAUGCAGUCAGGGGUGUCAUCAGACCCAUGGCUCGUGUACGGCACCUGGAGAAUGCAAGUGUCAUUAUGGCUGGAAGGGCCCUCUGUGUGAUCAGUGUGUGACGUUCCCCGGCUGUGUGUACGGAAGCUGCAGCGAACCCUGGCAGUGUGUGUGUGAUGUCAACUGGGGAGGACUGCUGUGUGACAAAGAUCUGAACUACUGUGGCACCCACCAGCCGUGUAAGAACGGUGGGACAUGCACCAACACAGAGCCAAAUGAAUACCACUGUGAAUGCCAGGAAGGUUUCAGAGGACGCAACUGUGACAUUGUGGAGCAUGCAUGUUUGUCGUCCCCGUGUGUGAACGGAGCCACCUGUGUGGAGGACCCCACGGGCUUCAGCUGCACCUGUACCGACGACUGGACCGGACACACCUGCGCUGAAGCGGUGAGGCAGUGUGACCGGAGCCCCUGCGGCCGUGGAGCCACGUGUCAGGAGGCUCCUGGAGGCUACAAGUGCCUCUGCCCGCCGGGAUGGACCGGCAGGACGUGCCAGCUGGACACCAACGAGUGUGAAAUGAGUAUAUGCGUUCACGCCCGCUCUUGUCGAAACCUGAUAGGUGGAUACCUGUGUGACUGCCUUCCUGGAUGGACGGGUCCUAACUGUGACAUCAGGAACAGCAGCUGUCAGGGCUUGUGUUUGAACGGCGGUCGCUGUGAGGACCAGGUAUCAGGGUCCAGAUGCUUGUGUCCACCUGGUUUCUUGGGGAAAUAUUGCCAAAAUCGUAAGAGUCCGUGUGACAGUGCCCCUUGUCUGCAUGGAGGACAGUGUGUGGAGAAGGACGGGAGGACCAUCACCUGCAACUGUCCCACAGGAUUUUCAGGAUCCUUCUGCGAGGUUGGAAAACCUUCAUUGAUGUUAGCUUAAGGCUAGCUUAAUCUG